AUGGAUUUACCAACAAUUGACGUAGACCUUGAAGUACCUAAGAAGAUUGAAGAUGAGAAAGAGGGAGGUCCUUUGUUCCAUUGCAGUCUUUGUGAUACAGAAGUAAUUCACAAGUUGGCUCAAAUGUUCCUUCCAGGAUUAGCCUCAGCUUGUGUCGAUAACACAACAGGAGGUCUUUUCAAGACCCCUGGUUCAGUUGCUGUUGAUUUGAGAAGGGAAAUGAUUGAUUAUCUAACCUUAAGAACCGAAUCUUUUGUUGCUGAGUCUGUUAUCUUGGAAGGUGGUGAGGCAUCCGACCAUCCUUUCGACAUCAUUUCCAAUCUCGUUGACGACUUUGCAAGUUCAAAGAGAAAUUUUUUUAGUCGUGUUUCGGUAUGGUUGUUGAGCGAAAAGAGAGAAGAUAAAAUUGAUGAUUUCAUCCAAGAGAUAGACAUGAACGGUUUUUGGACGCUUGAUAGAAGAGAAAUAGUUGCAGAAACUUUGCUAAAAAAUGUUGACUUUCAUAAUUCAUUUCAUUGCACUAUGAGUUUUAGUUCUUCUCAAGACCUUGCCGAUCAUGUUUUUACUUGUAAUUUUAGACCCGUGGUUUGCCAAAAUCAAGGAUGCAAUACUAAAUUUUGUGCAAGUCAUUUGGAAAAACAUGAUUCAAUAUGCCCUUUCAAGAUAAUUUCAUGUGAACAAAAGUGUUCAAAUAACAGUAUUAUGAGACGGGAUAUGGAUAGACAUUGUAUAACUGUUUGUCCAAUGAAGCUGGUAAAUUGUCCUUUUCACGCAGUGGGUUGUCGGUCGGCUGUUGCACAGUGUAUGAUUGAAAAGCAUUGUUUGGAUGACUUACGAUCUCAUGUGUGGCACUUGCUUAAAGGUAUCUACAAGGAAGCAUUUGGGGAUGAUCUUCAACGACGAGUCAACCAAAUUGCAUUACCAAGCAACCAAUUAUCUAAAGCUCGGGAUAUUCGAUCUUUGAAGUUCAUUGUCAAGGAUGUUGAAGCUAAGCUAGGGCCUUUUGAGGUCAGUGUUGAGCAAAAAAAGAAUACAGAUACCACAAAAGAUGAAAAUGACAACAAUACAAAUAUUGACAGUGAACGAAGCACACAUGCUUCAGAUACGGUUAUUUCACCCUCAUCAAAUAAAGCUGAAGUUAAUGAUGUCUCAACUAUGCAAAUUCCAGAGAAUGUUGGCAAGAGUGAAGAAAUUGAACAUAGUAACAUUGAAAUCAAGGACAAUGAAGAAAUGAUACCAACUUCAAAUGACAAGAGUGAAGAAAAUAUUAAUAUUGAAAUCAAGGGCAAUGGAGAAACAAUGCAAACUUCAAAUGGCAAGAGUGGAGAAAUUGAACAUAGUAACAUUGAAACCAAGGGCAAUGAAGAAAUGAUACAAACUUCAAAUGGCAAGAGUGAGGAUAUUGAACAUAGUAACAUUGAAACCAAGAACAAUGAAGAAAUGAUACAAACUUCAAAUACUGCAAAGUUACCUAGUGAAGCUGAAGCCGAAGUUGGCCUUGUGAGGGAAGACAUUACAGAGAAUUAUAACGAUGUUGUCGCUAGUGAAUUAAAAUUCGAGGGCAAUGAAGAGAAUACUCGUAAAAGUAUAGAAAAAUCGGCAAAAGAAAUCAGUGCCACAAAUGAGGACCGCGUAAAUAAUAAUAGCAUAACAAACAAAUCUAUUGAAAAUGAUAACUUUGAAGAUAGUGACAAUGUACAAAGCAUUCAGAACUCAACAAUGGAAAUUGCAGGCAAUGUAGAUAAUAAUGUCAAGAACAGAUAUACUGCAGAAGAUGAUAACUUAAAAUAG